UGCCUCCCCGCCGGGGAGCGGUCCGUCCCUGCCAUACCCGCUCUCAGGGUCUUCGGAGGUAAGCAGAUGCAAAUCGGCACUGUCGUCCUGCGGAAACGUCUUGCCUAAUCAGGCUGUACUGGUAAUAGCCGAUCAGGCUAAGUCUUGAAUAGCCCGUUUUCCACUUCUGAUGCUUUUGGCUCAGCUAUGACAAGGGACUGAGCCUCAUCCAUUUCACGCAGGAGUGGUUUGGGGAUGAUGGGUUCGGGAGACGGUUUUUUAUUCUUCGUUUUUCCACGGAUUGUCCGUGGGCUCCUGGGGCGAGUUGGUUGAUUGUUUUCCCCUUGCAUUUCAGCGCCUUGUGAGCAGGGGAAGGGAAGGAGGGGGUCCCGCGAAACCCCCUCCUUUGAACUGGAACAUAACAACGUGACUCUACCUUGCAAGCUUGUUGUGCGAAUAAAUGCCGGGGGAUGCUCAGUUCCUAAGGUGAUGGGACUGUGGAAUUUACAGAUGGUCUUCGAGUUCUUUUCUUCUGUCCUAGUCCCUAGUCUGCAAUUUACGGGGCUCCUGCAGGAGAAUAUUUAUAAAGUCAUUAAAAACACUUUAAUGGAAAAUACUAACCAUCUAUUACACGGCAUCUGUUGUCGUGUCGUUGGAAAAGCACGUCUAAAUUAAGAGAGUCAGAGACAGUGAGACAGACUGGUGGGUUUUCUGCUGAAGCUACCAGCUGGCCGGGGCUGCUAGAGAAUAUUAGCGGAAACUCCUUCCCAUCUGUGGCAUCAGGAUGGGCUUUGGCUCCCCAGACUGCUCUCUGAGCGCUGGGCAAAGCUCACUUUGGCAAGGAGGGGCUCAGGGAGGGAAGAGAGGAGCAGCUCUGCAGUGUUUCUGUCUCAUCUUAUCCCUAAGUGGGUGUGAAGACGCAAAGGAGGAUUCUCGGAAAAAGUAUGGAGGAACAGCCGCAAAAAGCAUUUGCCUCCCUGCGCUUUCAUGGUGCAGCCCAGAGAGGAGGGAAUAUCCUCUGCUGUUAGAUUAGGAUGAAAUAGGCAGGACACCCAAGGGAGGUUGUUUCGAAGAAGCUCCAACGGGUCUGUGAACCAGGCCGGGGAAGGGAGUUGAAACUUUCUGAAGGUGGUGGGUAAGUAAAAAUCAGGUCACCUCAUGUCCAGUGCAUGGUGGGGUCCCAGCCAGUUUUAAGACUGCAUGAGUCAGGGAGGUCUCGAGGCUGAUUGCAGUUGUGUGGGUUUGGCUGGGGCGUGCGUGAGUGUGGCAGGCGGAUUGACCAGGCUCUGCAGGUGUGGAAAUGCACGUGGCGUUGAAGGAAAGGAUGGACACUCUUCAGAAGGAUUGGUGGGUGGCUGCCCUCUAAAAGCCAGGUAGUGCCUUUGAGCCGCUGGUGACAAGAAAGCCAGCUGGCCUAAGGAGCUUUGCUUACCCUACUGGUGAGGGCAGCAACUAGCUCCCCCUUUAUCUGCACUUGGGUGUUCAUCCCUCGUGGACUGCAGUGGUCAGUAACUUCAACAUGAGAACGCGCGUCAGCAAGGAUGGGGCGAGAUGUGAAGGUGACAGGACUGUGCAACAUAUACACGGUUUUCAAGUUCUCUUCCUCUGACCUUGUGCCGUGUUGCAUUUUACGGGGCUCCUGCAGGAGAAUUUAUAAAGUCAUUAAAAGCACUUUAAUGGAAAAUACUAACCAUCUAUUACACAGCAUCUGUUGUUGUUUCUUUGGAAAAGCACGUCGAAUUAGGAGAGUCAGAGACAGUGAGGCAGACUGGUGGGUUUUCUGCAGAAGCAACCAGCUGGCCGGGGCUGCAGGCCUGUGCUCAAAAACUGGAGCUGCUCACAGCUGCAUUUAGGCAGUUACACUUUGCAGGCUUAUGAAGCCAAAAGAGCAGGCUCCCAGAAAGCUCCCUUUAUGCUUUUUUUCCCAUGGAGUGGUCUCUACUGUGCACCAGCAGAUCGUAAGCUUUUCAUCUUUGCAGGAACUGCCUGUAGCCCAAGGGAGCUCACUGCUUUCCUAGACCAAGCGCCUCCGAUCUCCUGAGGACAGGGCUUAGCAAAAGACUUGGGGAGUUGGGAAGCUGGUGGGACUUCAGCGAGGGGACCGGGUGUCCCUGCUGGUUGCUGCAGCAGUGCAAGGAGUUAGAGCUGCUGAGCUGCUGGGGAUGUGCCUGCCUACAAGUCCCCGCGCAGGCGGGAGCUCAGAGCUCGCCAGGACUUGCGUGGCCGUGGCUAGCUUGGAGCUGGGCUCAGGUAGUCUCUGUGGCUCAGGUGUAACCUGUGUGGCUCGGCGCUGCUCUAGCACAGCCUGCAACUUGUCGCCUGGUCAGUCUGGACGUGACAGGCAUGGGUCUGGCUGCUGGGUGUUGUGCAGAUGUGCACCGAUCUCUGCUGCGCCUUGCUUUUAUCGCUCCCGCGGGGAGGAACCUGCCCCAAGCCCAGCUCCCUGCCACGCUCCGCUUCUGCCUAGAGCAACGCUUUGCUCUGCCGCUGCAUUAGCGGUUUUUCGCAGCUCGCUCUUUGCCUCCUCAGAGCGGGCAGGCACCUUCUAGCCAUGCUUGUCCUGUCAGGCAGCACCGAGCAGCAACGUGUCCACGUCAGAGGGGUUUCUGGCUCCGGCUCUGUGGUGAGGAUACAGGAGCCCUAGGCUCUGCCCAGGCGGGUUGCAGCCAGGUGCACCGGGACUGCCGUGGGCAGCGCAGCAGAGCCGGCGUGGGCAGCGUUUUUGCCCUUCGGUAGCUAGCUCUGUUUGACUGUCAGUCUGGUCUGGAGACUUCCAGCUGCCUCCAAGCUCUUUCCCCAAUUCUCCCCCAAACACAGUAAAUAGCCAGUCUGGUCCUUAUGGCCGUGCUCUUGCACAUUGGAAAAGUAUCUUCUAGCGAUGGGCAGAGGCAAACAGGUGUCUGGGUCCCAAGGCAACAGCAGUUUGUGCUUUUGAGUUUCUCCUCCUGCUCCUAUCCAAGACCGUGGGAGAGGGUUGCAGAGGCAGCGCAGCUGCGGGUUGCUCUGCAGAAGCAGUGCAGGUGUCCCUGUAACCCCGACUGAGCCGGGGCUCAAGCUGUUCAGUUAUUUCUUUCCUAAGGACGAAGCAGUCUCCUGGAAGCUGACGGGGCCGGAAUAUAUCAAGCAGAGCAUCUGCUCGUCUGGGCUAGAGAACUUCUCUUUAUAGCCUUGGCUCCUCUUGCCUGCCUGCUUGGUAGCCUUCAGGACAGCUGGAAUAUGCCUUAAGUUGUACCCCAGCCCCGAGCUUGGGUGGCUUAUGAUGCCAUCCUGGUGCAUCUGUUUCCCUAUCGAAAACACGGGUCAUGAUACUGCCCCCGCUUUGGAGACAGCUGUGUUGCACUUUGUAACACUAGUUAUAGUUACUCUGCUCUGUUAGCUGCUAGGGGAACUAACAGCUUGUGCCUUUUGCAAACCACAGCGGCAAAAAAUUCAAAGGGUUUCUCCUUGUGCUUUUGUUUGCUUGACACCACUUCCUUGCCCCCUCCGGACUGGGGGACACAAGGGCGCAUCGCCCAGCCUCGGCGGGACGUGGCACGGUAGGAGAGGGAGCGCUGCUGCUCGUAACAGAGCUGCGAAACCUCCUGGAUGCCUGCCUGCCUUGCCUCAUAUCCCUGCCGUUGCCCAGGGUUUUUUUGUUGUUGUUGUUUGGUUGGUUGUUUUUUGUUAAACAACAUCAGAUUGGGGUGAAGAAGGAGUUUCCUCCCGGGCCCGUGUUAGGGCAUUGCGGGGAGAGGUGCGGUGGUGUCCGCUGGCAGCCUGUCUCCCUGGUGGGCUUGAUCUGCUUGGGAAGAGAAGGCAGAGACAAUGUGAGCUGCUCUCACAGCCGUAAUGGUCCUGUGUGCGUGUCUUUGCCUUGGAGCAGGAGACGGCUCUGGAGAAGACCUCAGGGAUGUCACUGAAGAAGCCGCUUCAUCCGUAACAGCUGGGUGGCUGGUCGCUCUGCUCCGCGGAAACCUCAUCCCUCCGGAGGGGCUGCCUCAGAUCCCACCGCCUGGAGGGGCAGGCUGCAGUUUCUGACAUGGAUUUGCUCUUGAUCUGCCCCUUUCUGUUCACGCUGAUGUUGUCCAAAGGCAGCUUGGCAGACCUGGAAAAACAGAGGGUGGACUCUGGCUUGGAAAUCUAUAAGAAGCUGUUUGAGGUGAAGCGCAAGGACCAGAUGAACGCGCUGAAGAACCUCAUCGAGCUCAACGACGUGAACCAGCAGUACAAAAUCAUCGACAUCAUGCUCAAGGGACUCUUCAAGGUGCUGGAGGACUCCCGGGCCGUGCUAAUAGCUGCAGAUGUGCCGCCAGAUGGGCCUUUUCCUCAGGACGAGAAGCUAAAGGAUGCGUACUCCCACGUGGUGGAGAACACGGCCUUCUUCGGGGACGUCGUCCUGCGCUUCCCCAAGAUCGUGCACCACUACUUCGACCGCAACUCCAACUGGAACAACCUCAUCCGCUGGGGGAUUGGUUUCUGCAACCUGACGGGGGUGUUUGAGCAGGGACCCCACUCCCAGGUCCUGGGGCUGGUAAGGCCGAGUCUCGCCCGUCGUAUCCCGUCUCCGCUGCCGGGGGGGCAAAGCGUGGGCACGGGCGCGAGGGUAAAGGGAGAGCAAGCAGAGGGAGCGUUCGCCUCUUCCCGUGCCUGCCGGGCUGGAGAGGGUCUCCCCUGCCUGAGGGACAUCUUUGGGCUGGAGGGAGAGCGAAGGGGCCCAGAAAGGAGGGAAGGCUCGGGAAGCCUGCGUGUUGAUUGCGUUCCCAGUGGGAGCGCUCCCAAAAAGGGGCGCGUGCCCAAGGGCGUCUCCGGGCCGUAG